GCGGAGGGGUUUUCUGAUUUUCCAGCCGAGGGCCCAGCCAGCCAGCUGGCAGCUAGGACAGAGGUCAGUUGAACUCAGACCACACAUCCCUGUUAAACACAUCAGCUUUUAACUCAAUCUUUGUUCAAAGUCCAGUGAGUUGUAAGAGUAGAGCUCCUGGCAGAGAGAAUUCCCAAGCGACAGAGCAGCUCCUCUUCCUCCCGGAAACAGCGGCCCUGGUCUGUGCAGCUGGGACAUCUGUGUUGUCGCACCUGUUCCAUCAGGUGCCAUCCUGGUGUGGAGAAAUCUGAAGGAGCGGGACUGAAAGAAAUGGCUGCCGUGUUCAACGCCCGAGAAUGUAAACUGUCCAAACCGGAAGGGCAGAGUUACGGCUUCUUCCUGAGAAUCGAGAAGGACACCGACGGGCACCUGGUCCGGGUGAUUGAAAAGGGCAGCCCAGCGGAGCAGGCUGGGCUCCUGGAUGGAGACAGAGUUCUCAGGAUCAAUGGUGUCUUUGUCGACAAGGAAGAGCACCUGCAGGUGGUGGAUCUGGUCAGAAAGAGUGGGAAUUCGGUGACUUUACUAGUUCUGGAUGGCGACUCCUAUGAGAAAGCGCUGAAAAAAGGGGUAGACUUGAAAGAGCUGGGUCAAAGCCAGGAGCUGGAUUUGAAUGACGCUAAAGUGGCCCCAGUGAUGAACGGAGGAGUGACUUGGACCCAGCCACGGCUCUGCUACCUGGAGAAGGAGGGGAACAGCUACGGCUUCUCUCUGAAAACUGUUCAAGGUAAAAAGGGAGUGCACAUGACCGACAUAAUACCUCAGAGCGUGGCUGUGAGAGCCGGGGUCCUCCCCGAUGAUCAUUUGAUAGAAGUGAAUGGAGAAAAUGUAGAGGACGCCAGCCACAAGGAAGUGGUUGAAAAGGUGAAGAAGUCCGGAAACCGCGUCAUGUUCCUCCUUGUGGACAAAGAAACUGAGGAGCACCAUCAUGAACAAAAGAUACAAUUCAAGAGGGAAACCGCUAGCUUGAAACUGCUGCCCCGCCAGCCUCGAGUCGUGGAGAUGAAGAAGGGAAGCAACGGCUAUGGUUUCUACCUGAAGCAGGGCCCAGAAGGGCAAGGUCAAACCAUCAAGGACAUAGAUUCUGGAAGUCCAGCAGAGGCGGCAGGCUUGAAGAAAAACGACCUGGUAGUUGCCGUCAAUGGCGAGUCUGUGGAGACCCUUGAUCAUGACAGUGUGGUGGAAAUGAUUAAAAAGGGGGGAGAUGAGACGUCACUGUUGGUGGUGGACAAAGAGACAGAUAACCUGUACAGACUGGCUAAAUUUUCUCCAUUUCUCUACUAUCAAAAUCAAGAACUGCCUAAGGGUUCUGUCAAGGAGGUUCCGGCUCCUGCUCCACUGGGGGCCUCGAGUCCAGACACUCCAGAGGAAGCAGGGGAUCAUAAGCCGAAACUCUGCAGGCUGGUUAAAGGUGAAAACGGCUAUGGCUUUCACCUCAAUGCGAUUCGGGGACUGCCGGGCUCAUACGUCAAAGAGGUGCAGAAGGGCGGCCCUGCCGAUGCGGCCGGGCUGGAGGACGAGGAUGUGAUCGUUGAAGUGAACGGGGUCAGUGUGCUAGACGAACCCUAUGAGAAGGUGGUGGACAAAAUCCAGAGCAGUGGGGAGAACAUCACACUCUUGGUCUGCGGAAGGAAGGCCUACGAUUACUUCCAAGCUAAGAAAAUCCCAAUCAUCUCCUCCAUGGCUGACCCACUGGAUGUGCGCCCCGAUUCCGAAGAGGAAACACUGGCAGAGUCAGAGCAUGACUCGCAUGUGGAAAAAGAAAGAGCCCACAGUACAGCCUCCAGUUCCUCCUCCAGUUCUGAAGACACAAAGAUGUGAUCAGAGCGAAUCAUGGCUUCAGCGGACAGGAUUCCCACUAAGUCCCCAGAACUGCUGUCACGGAGCUGCCACCCACCCACUGUGUCACAGACUCUUGGAAACCACCAUGUGUGACUGACUGCCACGGGGCUGCUAUUACAGAUGGCUUAUUUGCUUUUUGUGAUCUCUUCCAAGCUUCAGCUUAACUACACCUCUCUUAUGACGGUAUCUCUUUUA